UGACGUCACGCAAGCUACUUCCGUUCCGAUUCCUGCCCACAGGCACAGGCACACAUCAUCUUCAUCCAUCAAUUGUUUUGUUUUUGUUUUGAUCUGAUCUAGGUUCGAUUCUUGAUUGGUGUCGGUUGUUUGGAGUCCGUACUUGAUAGCAGCAGGUUUACUUUAUCGACGUUCAAGCACAAUUUUACUCAACCAUGAGUGGUGCUUCAGGAACCUCCGGUGGCUCACAGGGGGAUACACCACCCGUCACUCCCAUACCAGAUGCUCCAGACUCUCCCAGAACUGCUGGACAGCCAUUGUCAGACUUCCUGAUGCAGUUAGAGGAUUAUCAGCCAACGAUUCCUGAUGCAGUCACAGGCUUCUAUCUUAACUCAGCAGGAUUUGAAGCUACUGAUCCAAGAAUAGUUCGCUUAGUCUCAUUGGCUGCUCAGAAGUUUAUUUCUGAUGUUGCAAACGAUGCCCUCCAACAUUGUAAGACAAGAACAUCAAAUCAAGCCAACAAAACCAAGGGUAAAGAUAGAAGGUUCACUCUCACCAUGGAAGACCUCUCGCCCGCCUUAGCUGAAUAUGGUAUCACAGUCAAGAAGCCUCACUAUUUUAUGUAAAUACUAAUACUGAAUCUAAUUUUAAGUGUAAUCUCUGGACUUCAUAAAAAAGCAUUCAUCAAACCAAGACUUAUUAGGGGAAAACCUGUCAAAUAAAUUUACUUAGUAGAACUGA